AUGUCGAAACCACAACUGGCUGGUGGUUUUCUGGGAGGGCAGCCCAGAUUUAGCGAGCUGAAGUUAAAAACUGACAGCCACAAAGAUGCAGAAUUUCGGGUCAUCGCUGAAAACAGCGUCGUAAUUAAAAUGAAGACUGGUCAACCUACAAAGGUAACCACCAAACUAACCCAGUGCUCCAAUGAUAAAGAGUUGCCUGAAUAUGUAUUUGUACAACGGAAGGAUUACGACUCCAUCGAAUUCCAUGUUGGCUUCCCAGACAACGGCUACUACACUUUCAUGAUCUUUGCUCUUCCUGAAUCUGACACUAACGACUCCUUGCCUAAUGUGUACAACUACCUGAUCAAUGUGGAGCGCAACAGCAGGCCAGCUGCACCUUUUGUUAAGGCAUACACCAAGUUUUACAAGGAUUGUUGUGUUCUGUAUGAGCCUUUGGUCCUUAAUUCCAACAGCCAGUUGCUGGACCACACUAGAUUCAAGAUGGUGGUGCCUGGGGCCUACAAGGUAGCUGUGCACACCAAGGACGAGUGGCACCAACUGGAGAAGAAAGGAGAUAAAUGGGAGGGAAAGGUUGACCUUUUGAGGUACAGAGGGCAGAAUACUAAGGUUACGGUCAACGCUAGUUAUGAUAAAGAUGGCAGCACAUACAGUGUGCUUUUGGAGUAUGCUAUCUAG